CUUAAUUUAUCUCUAGCUAGUAACGCCUCCUUAAAAGCCGAUGCUGCUUCUGAGCCAGCUCUCAUCACAACACUAAGCAGUAGAAGAAAUUCAAAAAACAACAUGGAUGAUCAUGAAACCCCUCUUUUGUCCAAGGACUUAUCAUCAUCAUCAUCAUCAUCAUCAUCAUCAUCAUCUGUGGUGGUUUCAUCUUUGAAAUGGAUAUUGAAAGUUGUAAUGUCUGUGAUUUUUGUGACUUGGGUUGUGUUCCUUAUGAUGUAUCCUGGAUCACUCGGUGAUCAAAUCCUCACAAACUGGAGAGCAAUCUCCUCCAACACUCUCUUUGGCCUCACAGGAAGCAUGUUCUUAAUUUUCAGUGGUCCGAUUCUUGUCAUCGCCAUCUUGGCUUCUCUCUAUCUGAUAAUCUCAGGGGAAGAGACGGUUUUCACUAAGAAGAAGAUAACGAAAUUCCCGAGGUUUAGGCUAUGGACAUUUCCUGUUCUUGUGGAUGGACCAUUUGGAGUUGUUUCUGCAGCUGAGUUUCUUGGAAUUAUGGUCUUCUCUGUUUUUUUCCUUUGGGCUAUCUAUGCUUAUACCUUGAGGAAUCUCAACGUUCUUGACUACUUCCACGUGCUUCCCAAUAACAGAAGUAUUUUUCUGUUGGAGUUAACGGGUCUGCGUUUUGGGAUGAUUGGAUUGUUGUGUAUGGUGUUUUUGUUUCUUCCAAUCUCGAGAGGCUCUAUUCUUCUCCGGCUUAUUGAUAUCCCUUUCGAGCAUGCUACAAGAUACCAUGUUUGGCUUGGUCAUAUCACCAUGACUUUCUUCUCUUUACAUGGCCUCUGUUAUGUUGUUGGAUGGACCAUUCAAGGUCAACUUUUAGAGCUUUUAUUUGAAUGGAAAGCUACUGGAAUCGCUGUUUUACCCGGAGUUAUCAGUCUAGUGGCUGGUUUACUCAUGUGGGUCACAUCGCUUCACACCGUGAGAAAGAAUUACUUUGAGCUCUUCUUCUACACACAUCAACUAUACAUUGUCUUUGUCGUCUUCUUGGCACUUCAUGUUGGUGACUACUUAUUCAGUAUAGUUGCUGGAGGAAUCUUUCUCUUCAUUCUAGACCGCUUCUUGAGGUUCUACCAAUCAAGAAGGACUGUUGAUGUUAUCUCUGCAAAGAGUUUACCUUGUGGAACUCUUGAACUUGUCCUUUCAAAACCACCAAAUAUGCGAUACAACGCGCUUAGCUUUAUCUUUCUUCAAGUGAAGGAACUGUCUUGGUUACAGUGGCAUCCUUUCAGUGUUUCAUCAAGUCCUCUAGAUGGGAACCAUCAUGUUGCGGUUCUUAUAAAAGUUCUUGGUGGAUGGACUGCAAAGCUUAGGGAUCAAUUGUCAACUCUAUAUGAGGCAGAAAAUCAAGACCAGCUUAUUUCUCCUGAGUCAUAUCCCAAAAUCACAACUUGUGUGGAGGGACCUUAUGGCCAUGAAUCUCCAUACCACUUAGCGUAUGAGAACCUGGUAUUAGUAGCAGGAGGAAUCGGGAUUACGCCUUUUUUUGCCAUCUUAAGCGAUAUCCUACACCGUAAAAGAGAUGGGAAAGAUUGUUUACCUGGUAAGGUUUUAGUUGUAUGGGCCAUUAAAAACUCAGACGAGCUCUCUCUGCUCUCAGCAAUUGACAUACCUUCCAUUUGCCAUUUCUUCUCUAAGAAACUAAACCUUGAGAUUCACAUAUAUGUCACUCGACAAUCCGAGCCUUGCUUGGAAGAUGGGAUGGUUCACAAGGUGGUGCAUCCUUCUGUCAAAACACCAUGGACCAACGGAUGUUCCAUGUCGGUUUUAGUUGGUACAGGGGAUAACAUAUGGUCUGGACUCUAUCUAAUUAUCUCCACCAUUGGGUUUAUUGCAAUGAUCACAUUGGUGGACAUCUUUUACAUAAACAAGUACAACAUAACAACAUGGUGGUACAAGGGACUUCUGUUUGUUGUUUGUAUGGUUGCAAGUGUGUUGAUUUUUGGAGGUCUUGUGGUUGUUUUCUGGCAUCGCUGGGAACACAAAACCGGUGAAGUGGAAGCAAAUGGCAACGACAAGGUAGAUUUGAAUGGAGAAGAAACCCAUAAUCCAUCUGCAGCAGAGCUUAAGGGCUUGGCAAUAGAAGAAGAUGUCCAGAAUUACACCACUAUUCGUUAUGGCACCAGACCGGCCUUUAGAGGUAUACACUACAAAAUUAGCGGUGUCAAGUCCAGUUAUCUCGUUUUUUUAUUUAUAAAAUUAUAGAAACUGAAAUCAUUCGGAACGGUUUGACACGGUUUCGUUCGGUUCUUGAAUCCGACUUUUGGUGUAGAUAUUUGGCUCGAUUCGGUUAAGUUAAAUCUUUGAUUGGUUCAUGUAAUAUUUUUAUUUUGUAAUUGCAGAGAUAUUUGAGUCAUUGAAUGGGAAAUGGGGGAGUGUGGAUGUUGGAGUGAUAGUAUGCGGUCCAGCGACUCUUCAGACGACCGUAGCCAAAGAAAUACGGUCACAUAGCAUCUGGCGAUCGGCGAAUCAUCCUCUUUUCCACUUCAACAGCCACAGUUUCGAUCUCUAACGAUGCUCUCAAGGCCAAAGAACAUUAUGGAAAUUCGAAGAUAUAUUAUCGAUGCAUAUAAUUUAUAUAAUCACAGUCUGUAUGUAUUAUGGAAACAACUUUAACUAAUUUUUGAGAUUGAUGCUACUUCAUGAUAGCAAUUUCUUAGUUCUUUUGAGUUAAUAACUUAAUAUAUAAAUAUAAUGGUACAACAACCAUUACAAUCGUCA